CAACCUACUUACCGUUAAUGAAAAAUAGCGUAAAUGUUCCAAAAAUCGCUGGUAUUUUUAUAUCGAAUUUAUUUAGAUGAGUGAAGCCACGCUUACUAUUAGGUGUAUUUCUUAUUAGUUAAACGAAAAUGAGCUAUCCUCCGCUAGUUUCACUGGCAGAGUCUUAAAUCAUAAUGUUGUAUACAGAAAAUUAAAUUUGGGACAAUGUCGGUGGCCAUGCCAGUUAUGACACUUUAUAUGUUUUCGCUUAACGGCACUUGGUGGAAGUGGCGGUGGUUCGAUUACGCCGAUUUGCAAUACUGCCAAGAAACGCGUUUACAAAGCUUUGUUAAUGGAAGCUUUCCUAGCAAAUACUCAGAGCCGUUCUUAACACAAAAUAAUUCAGUGAAAAUGCGUGCUUUCGUCGUUUGCUUAGUGCUGGUUCUGUUAGUGGCGAUGCUGGUCGGCACCAGUGGUAAUCCCGUCGGCGAUAAUACUGUGCUCACUUUAGAGACAGCCGAACAACCGUUAACUUUGUUUGAUGCCGACGCGCAGCAAGGACAUGAUAACGAAGGCGAUCGCUUGGCACGGGGCUACGGUGGCUACCGUGGUGGUUAUGGUGGUUAUGGUGGCGGUUAUGGUGGAUAUCGUGGCGGAUAUGGUGGAUACCGCGGUGGAUUUGGUGGAUAUGGCGGUCGUCGUGGUGGUUAUUAUGGUUAAAUAACGAAAAAUGUAUAAAAAAAAUAUAUGUCUUUGAUUUGCACUGUGAAAUUAAAAUUGUGAUUUACCGUACUACAAAAAUAAAAUUAAUAAAAUGUUGCCAACACAACAAAUCAUGUUUUCUGUUAAAAGCGCGCGAUAUUGUGUGAAAUAAUUUUUAUUCCACGUCAAAAUCAGCUUAUCCAAUACUAAAUUAGCGUUUCAGUGUAUAUAUAUUUUAGAAGACCAAAGAUGGCAUUUAAGAAAAUUUAAAAUUUUAGUACAGAAACUCCGUAAUGUGCUCAGUUAUGUAUCUUAGAGAAAACUUCAAUAAUUUGAAAUAAGAUUAAUUGAUUAGAAUAAAGCAAAAAGUGGAAAGCCAAACAAUUUAAGAUUAGAAACUAAAUACCUUUCACAUGGACAAAUAAUUUCAUAUAAGAACUGAGUUCGUUUUGUAUGGCAAAUAUAUAGUAUUAGAAUAUAAUAUAGUAUAUAGAAAAAUUUUUUUAUCCUGUAUAUAUAUGUGAAAGUUUUGUAAAUGUAAAAAAUGUUGAUAAAAAAGCGAGAUUUUGAUUGUUUGGUUUGUAUUUCAGCUACUCGCAUAUAUUACAGUAUAUCGGCGGUCCCGCAAAGUGAGAAGCUUCUUGGUUAGAAGAGGUUUUGUGCAAAUUUUUCUACUUAAUAUGUUAUUCAAGAAUUCUGGCUCAUCCACCGAAAUUUGUCGAUAAUAAAUACACUUUUAUAGA